AUGGAUUCCCCCUCCCUGCUGGUUGGUGUAGCCCCUACUGGUAGUGGCAGUUCUGCGAGCAUCAAUCCCAAUGCGACAGUUCCCAUCCCUCCUGACGAUGCAACUACCGGCAUUAGCCCGUUGGCCCACGGAGCAGCUUCCGUCCCCGCAGCCCCCGGAGGGAUUGCUCCUGGCUAUGGGGUAGGGGCUGGAGUUGGCGACAUCAAUGCUGAUCUCAACGGGCCGGGAGCAGCACCAACAGCAACAUCAAACUAUGGCACCGGUCACCCUUUUCAUCCCGGAGCGGCCUCGGCGGUUGGAGGAACCACUGGUCUUCAAAACCCGACUAUUUCGGCAAACCCAGGAGCAACUCCCUACUCGCCUCCGGCAUCGUCAGCGCCGGUCGACCCACGCUAUUCCCAUCAACAGCACCAUUAUCAGCAGCAACCACAAGCACAGGGACAACGGCAGCAGCAACAACAACAACAUCAACGGCAACAGCAGCCCCAGCCCCAGCCCCAGCGGCUACAUCAACAGCCAGAUUUGAGAGGCUCAGCCGCAACAUCCGUUCUCAAUGCAGCUUCGUUCGGGGGUCCAACAGUUGUAAACACUUCCCCGACAACCUCAGCAUCAAUCCUGGCUGUAGCCCCAAUCCCAGCAUCAGAGACACAGUCAAGCAACAGCGCCCCUCCGAUCAAUGGUACUGCUACCGUAGGCAAUGCUCCGACUGGUAAUGGCCCUGCCGCUCCUCCCAAGAAGCGCAAGUCUGGCCCUGGAUCACGAGGCGUGGCCAACUUGACUCCCGAACAGCUUGCUCGAAAACGAGCUAAUGACCGUGAGGCCCAACGUGCGAUACGUGAGCGUCAACGGUUGCGGACUGAACAAUAUGAGCGUGAGAUUCGAGAGCUCAAGUCCCAGGAGCCUUACAGGAAACUACAGGCCGCUCUGCAGCAAAAGGAGGCUGUGGAGGCUGAGCUAGCCGAAGUCAAGCGCUGCCUUCAUGCCAUCCUAGCCAUGAUCCAACCCAUUUUGGGUGCUGCACCUGUGGUAGGGGCCGUAGGCGGCCCUACUGCUGCCGAGUCUCCGUCUGCCACCUCGCCAGUAGCAGUCCAGGCUGCUCCUCCGGCACAACCAUUGAGCUCGAUCGUGUCGGUUAAUCCGGUCUCAUCAACACCCACAAGCGUCGCUUCUCCUGUUUCCGCGAGCACCCAUGGCAGAUGGCAUGACAGUUUAUCGCCCGUGACAACCUCGGUCAGCGUGGACGCCCAGACGCAGCCUGCACCACCACAGGCCCAGCUAGUGCCCCUCGAGAUGCAGGACCAACAGCAGCGGUGCGGACCCGUCCCUCACGGCCUGGAACUUGGCUCUGACAGACUCCCUCUCGACUUCCUGCUUGCUCCAGAUAGCAAGCACAAAAUUGCCCGCAUCCAAAGCGGUGUCAACGGUGCCCAAGACUCGCCAAAAUAUCGCCACGUGCCCAUGAAGCACGACUGGACCGCUACCUCAAACAUGCCAGCCAUAUCGGCGGUCUCGCAAGGACCGCCGACACACCUCUAUGCUCCUGCACAACAAGAAGCGGGCAGCCAUGCCAUACCGACGGCUCUUCCUUCAGCUCCGUAUCCGCCUGCCACAACAGAUGUAACCGACCUGGCCUUUUACAACCUCCUACCUAAGAACUGCGCCCCAACCUGCCCUCUCGACUCUCUCCUCCUCGACUUCCUCGCCGAGCGCCGUCAGCGCGCCGCCGAGGGUCUACCACACCAUGAAAUAGUCGGUCCACGCUAUCCAUCCGUCUCAUCCCUCCUUAACCCUGCCGUCUCAGUAUACUCUCAUCCCCUCUCCAAAGUCUUUACUGACAUCCUCGCCCGCUUCCCCGACAUCCACACCCUCCCGGAGCGCGUCGCCGUACUCUAUCUCAUGUUCCUCUUCAUGCGUUGGCAGGUCUCCCCCACGCCCGAGAACUACGCCAGACUGCCAGUCUGGUUCCGGCCGUGUCGCUCACAAACCGAGCGCGAACACCCGGCCUGGCUGGAUCAUUUGCCGUUCCCCGGGAUGCGGGAUCGGCUGGUAAGGACAUACGACCGCGAACCCGGGGGGUUCCCGUUCGACAACUUUUUCAUCCCCUUCACGUCGACCUUAAGCGUCAACUGGCCGUACGAGGACACGUUCGUGCUGCUGGCCAGCCCGGAUGGUGACGAGUUGAUGAUCAAUCCUGUGUUUGAGCAGCAUUUGCGAAUGUUGGAUAACUGGACUCUUGGGGAGGCGUUUGAUCGGGCAUUCCCAGGCCUGAAGGGAACAUAUAAUUUGAAGAGAUGA